UGGCUGCCCCAGGCCCUGGCUCAUGGCCCUUUGCCAGUGGUACAUGCCUGCCCCGAGGAAUUCUCAGGGGUCGGUGAGAGCCAGGGUCCCUCCACACCACUCCGGGCCAGGCCUACGUGGUGCCCCUUCCCUCUGUCCCCCAGUGCUGGACUCUUCUGGGCACCCAGCGUCUCUGGACAGGCCCAGCUUGUGUAACUCCAGCUGCCGUCUCUAUUUGUCAUGUCCCAGCGGCUGGGCUGGGGCUGGAUCUGUAGCUGCCGACGCGGCAGGGUGGCUGCUUGCUCACCCUGACAUGCUGCAGCACGCGGCAGGGAUGGGCUAGCUCGGUGCAGGAGCAGCAGGAAAGUGGUGCCCUGGGGCUGGGUGCACGUCCAGGCAGCGGAGCCCUGCAUGUGCAUCUCCCCCUUGCAGCUCCACACCCAGCCCAGGCAGACGCUGCUGCAACCACAGAGACCAUUGCUCGAGUGCCCAGCCUAACCCAGCCGGACCCCGGCAUCUCCUAGGGCAGCCCCUGUAGCCACCCAGAGAGGGGACAGGGACUCAGCCCCAGCUCUGGGGGCCCUGGGCCCAGCUGGCCUCGCUGUCUGGGAGUCCAGAGCCUGUUGUGCCUGCAGGCGGCGGGGGACACGCUGCGGGAUCAGAUGCAGGGCAUGAUGCGGACUCUCCACGAGCUGAAGCGGGUGCCAGGCCCAGCUCCACGGCUGGGGCCCCCCAAGCCCGCGCCAGCUCCCCCACAGCCCUGCUGGGAGCGGCCUGCGAAGAACCGGGCAUCGGGCGUCUCAGAGGCAGACUCAGCCUGCUGCCUGGAGCUGAUGGAGGAGGAGUGCGCACCGCCCGCUAGUGAGAGGAGCCUGGAGUUCGACUCGGGCUACUCAGAGGUGUCAGGGGGGACGUGGCGGGAGGAGGAGGGGCUGGUGCUGCGCAGGAACCCCCUGCCCCCCUGCCAAAGGGCACAAAGGCUCUCCACGGGGGGCUUCCUCCGCAGCAGCCCUAGCCAGGCCCCCAGCCGGCAGGUCCGGCCUAAAUCCACCUCAGACGCCUGCCUGGAGCAGUGGCGGGUGCUGGAGUCGGCGGACGCGCAGGACUGGACUGUGGCACUGCUCUCACAGAGCCGCAACCGGCAGCCGCUCGUGCUGGGUGAUAAUUGUUUCGCUGACCUGGUGGAGAACUGGAUGGACCUUCCUGAGGAGAGCGCCCUGCCCCACCGGCUGGCCAAGCCCCACGGCUUUCUGCUCAGCCUCUCGGGCAAUGUGCGGCGCAAGCUGGCCAGCCUGGCACGCCCCAAGGGCCCUGCCGCCCCCCAGCCCGGCCCCAAGCACCUCCCCGGCCCAGGGGGCCUAGGUGGGCGGGCGCAGGGGCCCCUCUUCCACCAGUCACACGGCGACAUUGCCAAGCUCACCACGGACUGCACCCGCUUCGCUGCCCUCUUGAACAGCCGCAGCCGGCAGCCAAUCAUCUGCAACGACAUCAUUGGCUACAUUUAGCCCCGCCCCCGGCGCAUUUCUGUCCCAGCUCUGCAUUUGUACCCAGCUCUGUAAAUAAAUAAACGGCUUUUGUAUGGAA